AAGAAAAAAAAAUAAGAAUCAAAAUACACACACGGAUUAAAUCCGAGAGACUGAAUUGAAAAUACUAUCAUUGGGGGGCCGCCAUUGAAUUACGUGUGCCAUCAGUGCUCAAAAACAAAACGCUCCGCACUGAUACAAAAAGAAAACAGUUUAAUUUUAGUUUUGGUAAACGAACGAAGGAAAAUAAAUCUCUAACGAUGGCUGCCUCAUUGAUGAGAUGUGGUCGCUUGGUUCGACAGUUCCAAAAUCCAAUUCGUUUGGUAUCAACAUCACCGAAAAAGAAUGAAACAUCCGUUGCAAAACCAUUGUCAUCACAAGUAACCGAAGAAGUGACAGAUUUUAGCAUUGAAGCCGUUCGUAAAUCAAAAAAUUGGGUUAGCUAUGGUUUUAGCCGAGAAGACAAAGAAGAAGAUCGUCAAUAUACACGAGGUACAUACUUUUUUGGCGUUACAUUGGCGUGUGUUGGAACAAUUUUCGUCUGGUCCUAUUUACCCGAUCGACAAUUACUCGAAUGGUCACAGCGUGAAGCAUAUAUUGUGCUUCGAGAACGAGAAGCAGCUGGCCUAGAACCCAUUGCACCCGAUUACAUUGAUCCCAGCCUAGUUGUAAUACCGUCUGAUGAAGAGCUUGGAAAUACCGAAAUUAUCAUCUAAAAUGUCAUCGAUCAACAAAUGUUAAAGAGAUACUCGCAUAACAAAAUGUAUUUCAUAAAACACAAGAUAUACAGCCACACAAACACUAUGAGGUUAGGUGCGUUUGUUCACUUUGUUAUGUAAGGGCAUUUGUAUUUUCAGAAGAGAGAGAAAAAUAAAUAAUUCGAACUUUUAAAUUAAUAGAAGUGAAAUAUAACAAAACCAGAAAAUUUA